GUGUCUCCGCCCCCGGGCAGGCGCCUCGUGUCCCCAGCGCGCUCCGGCAAACAUCUGGCUGGCCUGAAGCAAAAGGGUUUCCAGAAAAGUGCUUACAGGAACUUAAUUUAGUCUUGACAUGCCACCUCCAGCAGACACGGGUCUAGCCUAUACUCCUCCAGAUGGCCAAUGGGGAUGGGCAGUGGUAUUCGGAGCAUUCAUUUCCAUUGGAUUUUCAUAUGCUUUCCCCAAAGGAAUAGCAAUCUUCUUCAAAGAAAUCCAGGAUUUCUUUGGCACAUCAUACAGUGAGAUUGCAUGGGUUUCUUCAAUUAUGUUGGCUGCUACAUAUGGCGGAGGUCCCAUUAGCAGUAUUUUGGUGAAUCGUUUUGGUAGCCGGCCGGUGGUCAUAUUUGGAGGGCUACUAUGUGGCAUAGGAAUGGUUUCAGCGGCAUUCUGCACCAGCAUUUUUCAACUAUACAUCUGUGCUGGAUUCAUCACAGGACUUGGCCUUGCCCUGAACCUCCAGCCUUCAGUGAUCAUCAUUGGAAAAUAUUUCCAGAAAAGACGUCCCAUUGCGAAUGGACUUGCCAUGGCAGGAAGUCCUGUCAUGCUUUGCACCCUUGCACCCUUGAACCAGUUUCUUUUUGACACUUUUGGAUGGAGGGGGAGUUUUUUCAUUCUUGGGGCAAUUCUGCUGAACUGCUGUGUAGCUGGAGCCCUUUUCAGACCUAUUGGACCAACACCUGACAGACAAAUAAACAAACAUCCAAAAGAGGCUGUCAGAGAAAAAACUGAUGGAGGCAGUGCUGAAAUGGGGGACCAGGAUAAGGAAGCAAGGGAAGACAGAGAUUGUUGUGAAAACUUUAACAAGUUCCUUGAUUUAUCCCUUUUUAAGCACAGAGGCUUCCUGAUCUACCUGAUAGGGAAUGUGCUAAUGUUUUUAGGGUUUUUUGCACCGAUUGUCUUUUUGGCUCCUUAUGCAAAGCACCUUGGGAUCGAUGAAUAUUCAGCAGCUUUCCUUCUUUCAAUCCUAGCCAUAGUUGAUAUGAUAGCCAGGCCAGCUACGGGGUUCAUUGCAAAUAGCAAAUGGGUGAGGCCAAGGAUUCAGUAUUUUUUCAGCUUCUCCAUUGCUUUUAAUGGUGCUUGCCACCUGCUGUGCCCAUUGGCAACAAGCUAUUUGGGCUUAGUCAUUUAUUCGAUCUUUUUUGGACUGGCCUUUGGUAUGGUGUGUGCAAUGCUCUUUGAAACUCUCAUGGAUCUUGUUGGUGCCAGCCGUUUCACAAGUGCUGUAGGACUAGUCACCAUAGUUGAAUGUUGCACAAUAUUACUUGGACCACCUCUUGGGGGAACUCUUAUUGACACUUUUGGGGACUACAAAUACAUGUUCAUUAAAUGUGGGGCAGUGAUGGUCUUGGCUGGGGCAUUCCUCUUCAUUAUGAAUUACUACAACUACAGAAUGCUUGCAAAAGAAGAGAAAAGGAAGAAGGAGAAAAGGAUUAUGAACAUGCAAGGACAGAAAUUGAGAAAGGAAACAACCGUGGUAGAAAAAAUGCAAGAUGGUAAUGAAACAGUUUCUCUGAAGAAUGAUGAGAAUGGACUAAAGAAUGGGGCAAACCUCCCAAUUGAAGCCUAAAUUUAAUUCAAAGUUUUCUGAAUGGAAAAUUGAUCUUUCAAGUGACUAAAAAUUAUAGUAUGAAGUUCUAAAAUACUCACAUUUCAUGAGUACAUGGCAAAUAUUACAUAGAAUUGGUUUUACAUUACUGCAGAUCUAAAUCCAUUUAAACUCUUUCCUGUUCUUACUGAGGAACUGAGAGUAUACUUGUCCUAGCUGAUGAUAUUUUCAGGAUAAGUGCUUAUACUUGAACUUUCAAUCUGUACUCCUGUUUCUAUUAUAGCAAAAUUAGAAGAAUGGACAAAUGUUGUAUAAGAGAAAAUGCCAGCUUUUUAAAAGAUGCACAGCAAUAGAUAUCUACAGCACUUUUUAGACUGGAAGGUCCAAGAUGUGGUCCUCAACAUUCCAGCAAAAAAUACUGUAUCUGCAAAAAGUUUCUAUAAGAAGCAUCUCAGAGAAGUAAAAAUAUUAUUAUUCUUCCAGGCUA